AUGUAUAGAAAUGGACUACUACCGUUUUUGCCCUAUUUGAAAAAUGUUAAUGAUGUCCAACUACAUAGCACACAUCAUGAUCAAAAUUCAAUUGCUACUUCCCCAUAUCAUAGUUUGCAGCCAUUGCCUGUAAGCUCUCCAUCGAUACAUAUUGCGGGUUUUGAAAAAACAGUUUUGAAUUAUUUGGCCUAUCUAAAAAUGGAGGUAACAAGAAUAAGUGAUAAGCAGCAAAAUAUAGAGCAAAUUUUGUUAGAUAUAAAAUCAUCAUCAAAAAUCUCAGGAAGUGCACAAGAUGAAUUCAUUAAUAAUAACGAAGUUGAUUAUUUCAUAUCAAGUUGGCCAAUUUUAGAUAACGAAGGACUUAAUAAUUUAGAAGACAAAAUACAAACUGACAUACAUUUUAAAAAACAAGUUGUAUGCGAACUAGCUAGAAUUGGCGGAAAAUCUUUAAAAAAUAUGAUUUAUAAGAUAAUGAAAAAAGUUUUUGAUGAUAGAUUGUUAAUGCAGUAUACCUAUUAUGGUUUAAGGAACAAAAACAAUUUUUCAUUGUUGUCUAUUAACAAAUCAAUCUUUGAAGCUGUAAAAAAGUCCAAGUAUAAUGCUUCUAAUGACGAUGAAAUUAUAACUUCAAUUGCUAAAUGGCUAACAAGUGCAAAAGGAAGAAUUGAGGGUAAAUAA